UUUCAUACAAAGAUUUCAUUAAGUUAAAAACAUUUUGGGGGUUUAUAGGCACUUUAAUACUGGAAAUCCUUGCAAAAUGGAAGUUGAAAGCGUUGUUGCGUGUACCACCCUUUAUAGCGAGCUGUAGCAACUUCUUAGGCGAACUAGAAAUGACUUUAACUUCAAUUAUUGCAUGGCCACCUCCGUCACCUGGAAAAGAGGGUGCACCUCCGUGAGUGAAAAAGAUGAGGUAAAUCCCGAGGUUCAACUGAGGUGUGAUUUGCUCACCGAGCGGGAAAGAUGCCAUUAUCUUGGUCUGCUCACGAUUACGAGCUAUAUAUAUACCGCUGUUUCUUUAUUCCAGAUAGUAAAUCCUUUAUUGACCAAAGUUGUUCGCUCAUGAUAGCUGGAUAUUGGCCUCUUUCUUGGCAAAAGAUGAUGAUCUAGAUCACGGUCUCUUGUUCAUGGUUAAUAUCCAGCCACCUUGACAGAACAUGUCGCUGUACACGGCAAAAGGGUGCCAAUACGCGCAACAUGUCACUAUUUUCUAGGCAACAUUGUUACAUGAACCUUGCCUGUAUUGAUUGGCCUUAAAAGUAAGGCACAAAGGUUGCGUGAUUCCGUAGCGUAACAAUCGCAACGCAAUCGGCGUAUAACGCUGAAUCUCUAGUUCUUUUGUUAAAACAGAUUGUUUAUUGAAGUCCCGCAAAAUAGUCAAAGUGCAGUUAACCGUAAAAUGGCCAAGAAAUUAACCUUCAACCGUCAAAAACGCAAUGUUUUUACCGUCAAUCGUCAAAUGUGGAAACUAGCAAAUAGUAACCGUCAAAAGUUCCAGAUAAUUAAUAUAAGAACUCGGCGAUUGACUUAAAUGGAUUAAGUUAUGCUGUUUAUAAAUGAUCGUUUGAAUAUAUCACAGAAAUAAAUUCAUUUCCGAGUCCUUUAACUCAAUCUAGCCUCGGGUGCAGACGACUAAUACGGCCAGCGGUAACAACGGGGAAGUAAUCACACUAGUUAGACGUAUAUUUGAAGACCAAAAUCUAAUUUUUAAUGCACAAAUUAUGGAACUAAUUGGAUUAUUCAAAUAUGGGCAAAACUGUAUCUGCUUUAAUUUCGUGUUAAUUAACCGUCAAAUGACCUAACAUCUAACUGUCAACCGUGAAAUAGCAUAUUUUUAACCAUCAGCCGUCAAAACAGCGUUUUUUUUAACCGUUAGCUGUCAAACAGAUUUCCCCAUUGAAACCCUCAGUUACAAAGUUUACAGCGAAAUGGACGUUACUCGGUUGGACGAAUUGGCCUUAAUAAAACUAGACUGUACAAACUUCUUUUGGAAUUCUUCGGUAUCCUUGAAAGUUUGGUCCACUUUUCAAGGCUUCCAGCCUUCAUAUAAAGUACAUGAUGUGUCUGUAAAAAGAAAAGUAACUUUUGAUUUCAAGCAAUGCUGAAUUGACGGCACCCAGUAUUUUUCUUUUCACAGCGGCAAACCCCAAAAUAUCAACGCCACUUUCGGUUUUCGCGGCCCUGAAAUUAGUAAAAGUUGAGUCGUGUGAAUUCCUGUCUUUCCCUAAGCCACUAUGAUCUCAUUAUUUUAAGGCGCCAGAUAUGUGCCUUUUGCCAUUGUUCCCCAGCUGCAGUUUGUAGCAAACUGCAUUACCAGGGUAACAACGAGGAUGCGCAACAGCCGACAUGCUGGCAGAGCCUGUUUGAGAAGGUGGGCUUUUGUCGGCACUUUGAGGGUGCACCAGCUGGCCCUAUUGCACCCAACCGAGACUCAUUUCCACACUUCAACCCCUCAUUGUUAUUUACCAUUUGAGAGACCCAAAGUAACAUUGAAGUUCCUGUUUGUUAUGCUUUGCCAGGCAGUCCAGCAGGUCCUUGAUCACUGCUGAUAUAAGGAAGGAUGACUCUGCAGCCGUUUCAAGACGAGCAGUUGAACUAUUUCAAGUUUGCUUCCAUUGUACUGAAUGAAUUUCCCAAGGCAUUACGUCAUACUUUCAGAUCCAUGUGGGACAACACCUUUGGACAUCUCCGUGGUUUCCAGCCAUGGGAUGACUCUACUGCUGUAAGAAAUCUGUUUCUCACUAGAGAGAGUGGCAAAACCAAAGUUCCAACAAACCUCUCUUAUGAAGAAUGGGAUUGUACAGCCUUGUUCCAGGCUACUAUUUACGCGCGGUCCUUCGCUUUGCCCGACAGAAAAGGUCAUCACAGAACACUCAGUGAUUUGUACGUGAAGCCCCAUAAGUUAGCUCAUGGAAUAUUCCAUGCAUCUGUGAUGAGCCCGGGUGGAAACAGGGCAGAAACCUUUGCACUUGCAAUUGAUCAACUUCGACUGCUAAGAAAUUCGCUCUGUCACUCAACCAGUUCUGAGAUUGUCAAAGCAACAUUUGAUCAAUAUGUGCAGCUCUCUAAAGAUGCAUUCAAAGCUCUAGGAAUCAAAGUACAUCCCAUUGAUGUCAUUGGUGGUUUGACCGAGUCGGACUUUCCCACAAAAGAAGUUCGCAAAUUGGAGCAGGCUAUGAAACAGGAGACCCAGGCAUAUAUCAAGUUUCUAGAGGGCGUGGGCUCAGAUAUCGACGAGUUAAAGGGGAACAUGGAGAACACAGCAAAAAAAGAAGACAUCGCUAGGUUGGAACUUAAGAUCAAUGAUCUGAAAGAAGUUCAAACUCAAGACAAGCCAGGUAACAUAUUUUAUUUUAUCUUUGUAGAGUAACGGUUUUAAUAUAUUGUUUCAAAAAUUACUGAAUACACUACUGGCAAACGAAAUUUAAAACUGUUUCGCAAGGAAACCGAGACGAUCCACUACCGAAGAACACUCGCAAUCGUAUCACUGAUUUUAAUUCGAUCUGACAUUGAAAUGUACAAUAUAUUCUACUCAACGAAAUCAGUUGGUAAUUAACGAAACAAUGAAAACGAGCGAAGCGGGAAUAACUGAUAUAAACGUUUCAAAAUUCAUUAUGCCACGCGGUCAAUGGCCGUCAAUACCGUACCAUGCACGUAAUAUCCUAAAGCUCAUAAAAUCCAUAUAAAACUAUCAGUGACAAAUCUGAAAUGAUUGACUAUUACAAACAAUGAUAAUGAACUUACUUCUAUGGCGUGUUUUCUUGGCUUUCCUUGAUCGCGAUAACCAUAAAACAGUGUAGCAGGUAAGCAGUAAAUCACAAGGAACGUGUCCAAAGCAGAUCUCGGGUAAACUAAACUACUUAUUUAAAGUCGAGCUGAGUAUAUUAUUUUAUGCUUUC